AUGACGUCGCAAAGCUCUCAGGUGGCCUUAGGGCUUCCUUCCCAGCCCAGCUGCAGCAGCCCUGUGUCCUCCGUCCCGGCGCUGCACCUCCUCCCGGCACGGAGCUGUCCGCUCGCCCUGCUCAGCCGCGACAGCCGCCGGAGCUUCAGCGGGAGCUUUGGUGAUGGCAGCAAUGCUGUAGGAGCUGAUGCUGGGGGCAGCAAAUACUCCACCACUGACCUGCAGCUGGUCCAGAAGAUUGUGUCCCAGGUGGAGUUCUACCUCUCUGAUGAAAACCUGGCCAAGGAUGCUUUCCUCCUGAAGCAUGUCCAGAAGAACAAGAUGGGAUUUGUCAGCAUCAAGUUGCUGACAUCCUUCAAGAAGGUGAAGUACCUGACGCGGGACUGGCGCCUGACGCUCUACGCCCUCCGCUUCUCGGAGCUGCUGGAGGUGAACGAGGCAGGCACCAAAGUCAGGCGCCGCAUCCCCGUCCCCGAGUCGCUGCUGAGCGUCCCCCCCAGCAAACUGCUGCUGGCCUGGGACCUGCUGCCCCAGGAGCAGGGCUUGCUGCCGCUGUUCCAGAGGAGAUUCCUGGAGACCAUCACCAGGGUGUUCACCCCCUUCGGCCCCAUCGCCUCCAUCCGCAUCCUGCGGCCGGGCCGCAAGCCGCCCUCCGACGUGCGGAAGUUGUCGCAGCGCUUCCCGGAGCUGCUGAGCAAAUGCUGCGCUCUGGUGGAGUACGAGAGCCUGGAGAGCGCCCGCAGAGCCUUGGAGGACCUCGGCCCCCACAGCUACCCGGGCGGGCAGAGCAUCCGAGUGGUCCAGCUCUGCGGGAAGGGCUUCAAGAAGAAACCUGGAGCCGAGAGGGCGAUGCCGGAGGAGGAGCGGCUGGGCUGGAAGAUGCCGGCAGCAGGCAGGACCUGCGCCUAUGACAGCAGCGAGUCCCUGCUCUGCAGCUCCCUGGCGUCAGACAGUGCCCUGCAGCUGUCACCCCCCAUCCUGAGCAAGGACCCCCCAGCACCUACCUGGCCUGGCGAUGAUUUCAAGCCCAGCAGCUCCGCUGGAUCUCUCUUCACCAGCAAAGCCUUCCCUCCGCUCUGGCCGGGCUUGGGCAGCUCCAGCGCUGAGAGCGGCUGCGGAUGGGGCAGCGUCUGGGCCCCGUGGAGCAGCAGCUCCCCUCUCGAUGCCAAACCUUCCCCUGGCAAACCGCCAGCAGUGAAGCUGGCACCCGAGCCCGUCGGCCUCGACGGCACCAAGGGCUUCUACAGCAGCUUCGGGAGAGGAGGGCUUCUCCUGAGGCGCUGA